CAGACGGGCUGGCUUAACUGCCUGUCCAAAAACUGGUCCAGUUAUCCGUGAAGCACAUGUUUCCAUGUUGCAUAACCUUCGCUCAUCCGAUUAACCAUAGCUAAUCCAGUUAACACCCCUCGUAAAAAAUACAUACUCAUAUAUCGACAGUACACGUGCAGGCGUCCUUGUUGUCACGUGGCUCAUCACGUGACUAUCCAGAGAUCGGUCACAGCCAAACGGCGCGAUACAAUCAAUCGAUCUGUCUUCAAUACAUCGUGAACCCCGUUCAUAUUGCUAGAGACUGGACCAAGGCCAGAUGUGAGAGAACCAGGUGGAGGCGUCCGUGUGUUGCUAUGACAGUGACUCGGCUAAUUUGACUGAGAGAUCACGUUACCUGUAAUAACGUACAUCGCGUUGUAACAUUGUCUACAGGUGUGCCGAAGCGACCAGGUGUGUCGGCUAGGUCGGAGCUGCGUUUAUGGUGAACUGGAUCAUCUUCCUUCAAAAUGAAUUCAGGAAGCAGGGAACAGUUAGCGAGGGACAAGGCUCCCAAGAAACAUGGGAUUCUGAAGAGAAUUAGCAACGCCAUCAUCGAGACCCUCGAGAAAGGGUUUUACAAACUUGGUUUGAAUAUCGGAAAGCGGCCAUGGAUUGUGAUGUUGUGCUGCGCCAUAGCUUGCGGGCUGGUCGGCAUCGGGUUUCUCCGCUUCAACGAAACAACCGACCCCGACAAGCUCUGGAUACCUAUUGGUGCCGACAUCAUUAAUCAGCGGAAAUGGGCGACGGAGCAGUUUCCAUCUACCUUACGUGUUGCCACCAUCAUAGUCACGGGCAACAACCUCCUCACAAGAGCAUCGUUACAAGCGGUGUAUUCGAUGUAUGAAUCUGCUCUGAACGCAACCUCCGCUAAUGGAUACAAGUUGACCGAUGUAUGUCUCAAGAUCGGGGCCAACUGUCGAGUGUCCAGUAUACUGGACCUUUGGUCAUUCAACAAAGCGACAAUUGACGGCCUCUCUCAGCAGGACAUCUUGGACGAUGUUAAUACGAUCAAAUUCAGCCCUGUUUUCGGCAACGCUCUUGACGUGAAGACUCUUCUGGGCGUGCGCACUGAAAACGGAAGUGGGCACAUCACUGCUGCGGGGGCGAUGACAUCUACCUGGAUUCGGGCGGUCCUUAACUACUUGCAUAUAAAGGCAAACACAGAGGACUGGGAACUUCAGCUGAUAGAAAUAGGAAAGAACGGCCACGCCGGCUUGACUGGGUCGUACGUCUUCACAGCACGAAGUUUCAGUGAUGAAGGCGGCAACGCCAUCCAGGGUGAUGUCACGCUGCUGUCAGCUGGUUACUUCAUCCUCAUCCUCUUCGUCAUCACCGUCCUCGGCAGAUUCAACUUGGUGGAACAGCGGAUAGGUUUGGCGUUCGCGGGCAUCCUAUGUGUUGGACUGUCCAUUCUGGUGUCCUUUGGCCUGGCGUCCAUGGUCGGAGCUGAGUAUGGUCCUCUACACUCCAUCCUGCCCUUCCUGCUGCUGGGUAUUGGUGUUGAUGACAUGUUUGUGAUCAUCGGAGCCCUGAACAACCUGACGCCAGAAGAAACGGAGAUGGAAAUCCCUGAGAAGGUCGGUCGGGUACUCAGACACGCUGGGGUCUCAGUCACCGUUACCUCCCUUACCGACAUCGUCGCCUUCGCGAUUGGUGCGUCUACGAUUCUUCCGGCUUUGCGUUCGUUCUGUAUAUUUGCGGCGUUCGGCAUCCUUGUGUACAUCAUGCAGACAGUGUUCUUCACCGCCUGUCUCACUGUGGACCUACAUCGGAUGUCCGGGAUGAGAGAUGCGUGCUGCUGCUGCUACAAGCACAAGAACUGGCAUCCCAACAAGUGCAGCCAGACUGAGCUCAUCCCGCUGUUCUUCAAGAAGAUUCUUGGACCGAUCUUGUCCAAGCUGCCCGUCAAGAUCGUCGUGUUGAUAAUGACCUUGGGGAUAUUCGCUGCCAACAUUUACGGCUUGAUCAACCUGAAGCAGGACUUCGACUCAGCCUGGUUCCUUCCGUCAGAUGGCUACGCUUUUAAAUUCUUUGAGGCCCAAGACAAAUACUUCCCUGACGACGGCGCCGAUGGCUACAUCUACUGCCGGGUCGGCGUCGCUACUGAUGAGGCUACGUUUAUCCAGUCAGUAUUCGACUGGGCCCACCUUCCAGCCAACAGCAGGGUUCUGAGAGACGUCAAGUUCACGAACGCUUCAGGAGUAGCUUCCGAUAUUGAGGCAACGCGGAUUGCUUUCCAGCACGUUGACUUCCCCGACUCCCAGUCCGAGGUGAAGGCCAUGGACACCAUCAGGGAAGUCAUAUCCAGCAUACUUCCCACCUGCUUCCCCUACUCCAGGAGAUACCAGGGAUGGGAGACCAACAAGGUCAUCCAGCUGGAGCUGUACAGGAACUUGGGGCUGGCUUUUGCCUGUGUGUUUGUCGUUACCCUCAUCCUCAUUGCUAACUUCCUCACCAGCAUCCUCGUCUUUACCUGCGUCACCUUCACUCUGGUGAAUGUCGGCGGCUGCAUGUACUUCUGGGGACUCACCAUAGACACUGUGACAAGCAUCAUCCUCAUCCUGGCUAUCGGUCUUGCUGUAGACUACUCCGCUCACAUAGGUCAUCAAUUCAUGACAAUCAGGGGAAACAGACACGAGCGGAUGAUGGAGACACUCAACGAGAUGGGCCCGCCAGUGUUUAACGGCGGCUUCAGCACCUUUCUCGCCUUCAUUCUACUUGUGGCCAGCAACAGCUACGUCUUCACGACGUUCUUCAAGGUGUUCCUCCUUGUUGUAUGUUUCGGGCUGUUCCAUGGAUUGAUCUACCUCCCCGUCGUACUCAGCUGGAUAGGGCCAAGUCCCUAUCUUUCUGCUGACCACGACUACCAUCCGAAUGAAGCAGAGGUGGACCCUGCGUUCAAAUCCGGAUAUGCCAACCAAAGCGCAGUAAGCAUUGGGUCACCGCCACCGGAACCACCUCCCGACUACGACAAACCAGCCAUGAACGGCUUCCCCAAGAGGGUGACCCCCAAUGGCAUGUCUCCAUACACAACUACCCCUCCCAUCCCCCCACCAGACUACACCCCGCCCAUGUCAGCACGGAGAUCUAUACCACGUGUAAGCACGUGAUUGGCCAGGAUGAGCAGAGAACAAUCAUGUUGCUAUUUGUUUUAUCAGUAUCUUAGAUGUGAAUGCAAUCCGCAUCACUGCAGCCUCAGGGUGGUAGUUGUAAAUAUUCUCUGGACCAUUCACUCAAAAGACAUAUUGGUGAUGUGAUUACGGCUGUUAAAAAACAAGAUGGCCAUACCCGGAGCCGUUUUGUGGAAGAUACUGAUGGACAAAGAGUGUCACGGAUUGUGACGACAGUUGUAUUAAUUACAUGAUAUUAUGUGAGAUUUAUCUCCAGUCAUGUUUUCUGUGAUAUGUGUUAUUCUUGCCGUUUGAUUGAUGUGCAUGAACGGAUGCUCUACAGUGUGGUGUUGUGCAUAAUAACGUCUAUUCAGAUUUCGGACUGCUACCUCAGGAACGUCCGUGCAUUUGCCAGAGAGGUGCACUAGUGAUGGCUGAUCAUUAGACCUUGUUCGAUCUUUGGCGAUAAUAUUAUAUUUCACGACUUUACAAUGUACAUUUCAAGAAAUAUAAUUUUCUCGAACACAAUAAUUAUUCGUAAAGUGAAACUGAUUGAUUGAUGCCAUGUUAAUAUAGCUAUCUCCCCAUAGUAAUAUAAUUUCAAAAAGGUAAUUACCAAGCUCACAGAUGCAUAUAUAUGUCUGUGUCGUGAAUAUUGUGAUCUGAUGGUGAUAUUGCUGGUAAGAAUGACAUUUUGUAUAUUAGAGCCAUAUAAUGUCGAUUUCAUGAAAUAUGGUGAUCUCAAAGUGAAAUAGUUGUAAACAUGAUAACAUUGUGUUGUCGAUUUCAUGAAUAUUCUGAUCACAUGUUGAUGGGGAUAAAAUGAAUUUCCUUAUUAUGUCGAUUUCCUGAAGUGAUCAUGUGGUGGUAUUUGAAAUAUAAUGAUCCUACAACAUGACGAUUGACCCUCUUGUACAAAUAUACAAGUUGUUUGUAUUUUUUUGUUUUGUUUUUUGACCAACAACUUAAACAUGUAUAUUUAACGAAUAUGAUCAGUCCAGCGAUAAAACCCGGAGCAAACAUACAUUGAUUGACUUGUCGACUUGAAACGCUUUCACGAUUCCUGUUGGCACUCCCCGAGAGUAUUUAUAAACCAUCUUCCACAAAACACGUAGCUGUAUAUAUCUAAUUAUUAAAAUCUGGAAGUGUGUAUAUUAUGUAUGAUAUCCCUGAUCGGAACCGCCGUGUUUCGUUAAUUAUGCUUCGUAGUUGUGACAUUAAUCGCAUUAAGUUCAAAGACGUGUAGCCAGAUAAAAAUAGAUAGCAUUAUCUAUUUAACAUACGCCCCCUAUUACAAGAGAUAAUAGCCCAUGUAACAAAGACAGCGAAUCCUCCUCAAUCACUGGCAGCGCUGACUCAGAAACAAUUGACAGGUUUCUGUGUCAGCUCAGUGGGGUCUCUCGUUUGUUAUCGUGGGUUUGGAAUAAUGACAGGGCUGGCUGUAUAAGUGUAAAUGGUUUGAUUCAAAUUUUAAUAUUGUUAAGAAUCUCAUGUAUACAUUUUGCAUUGAACUUUCUUAAUUAUUUUUAUUCUUAUGUUAAUAGUUAACUGCGGAUUAAUCAUCGUUUCCGUGUCGAAUUAUUCAAAAUAUUUAAUUUGAUUUAAAUGGUGUCAUUAUGGAGAGGACCACUGUCCUAUACGUGAUUAAUGUGCGGCUCUAUUUUAAGGGUUGGCACCUUGACAUUACUUCCUUUUGAAUAUUUGCCAUUUUAUGUUUUGAUAUUUUACAGCAACAUACUUGCCGGUGUCAGGGCUGAUAUUUAUAUUUUACUCAUUACCAGGUUUUGUGAGAGACUUUUUGUCAAGCUCAUUUGUUUGUAGAACAUUAUCAUUACACUGAUGUCCCACGAACCAGUAAUUAAAGGAUUUACAGAAUAUAUAUAUAUGAUGGCAUUAUUCGGAUUGUUUUGAAAUCAUGAAUCUUGAUUAUUCCAUAACUAUCAUCAUCAUCAUCAUCAUCAUCAUCAUCAUCAUCAUCGUAUUCGUUACCGUUUUUUAUGAAAAAAUAUUUUUGUGUUUCUGUGUGGUUGAAACAUAUUUUGAAUCAUAAUUCAGUCACAGUUGUCUUCAUGUGAAUGAACACACACAUUCUUUAUCUCGUCGAAUGGUGUACACUCUACAGGGCGGGCCAUAACUCUAGGUUUGGUUA